AGUUCACAGCAGUCGCCCAGCACAACAAGAAAGUUUUUGUUGAUCUUAUGUUUUGGAAGAGCAGAAAUGAGGCUUUGGCGAUUACAGGAGAUUAUGACUUCCAGGCUAAAAGGUUGGUGUCUCCCUUCUGUCGUAGGUAUUUGAUCAUCUCACCAUGUUAUCUAAUCCAUGACCAGAGGCUGCCAACUUCAUUAAGGUUCUGCCAGUCUCCCUCACACUGAAACAGGACACGCGGCAAAGCUGCUCAGUGACACAACACGCCCGUCACGCGGCAAAGCUGCACACUGAAACAACACGCCCGUCAUGCGGCAAAGUUGCACACUGACACAACACACCCGUCAUACGGUGAAGUUGCACACUGACACAACACGCCCGUCAUGCGGCAAAGUUGCACACUGACACAACACGCCCAUCAUGUGGCGAAGUUGCACUCUGACACAACACGCCCGUCAUGCGGCAAAGUUGCACACUGACACAACACACCCGUCAUACGGUGAAGUUGCACAUUGACACAACACGCCCGUCAUGCGGCAAAGUUGCACACUGACACAAUACGCCCAUCAUGUGGCGAAGUUGCACUCUGACACAACCUGCCCGUCAUGUGGUGAAGUUGCACUCUGACACAACACUCACAUGCCAUGGAGUAGCUCAUAGUGGUCAUCCAGCCAAACAACAGAAGCAUCUGACUUUCUUUAGUCAUCUUAACAACCUUAGCUGCCCUUGCCUUGAAGUCUAUUAUCUUUCAUAGCUCAAAUUUAAAACAUGAGCUAUAACAUUGUAAAUAAAACAAUGAAAAUUAGUCUCACUGUAAAAAUUACAAAAAUAUGCGUAAGGGAAGCUUUUGGCUUUUCAAGGAUGACAAUGUGGCCAAAGUAACAUUGAAGGGGAAGGUCAGUGGCUUUGAACUCUUUGUUUACUCUUGCUUUAGAGGGGUCACCUGAUGUUUAUUUCAAACAAAUUUAAAUGAUUUUUCUAAUUUCAGCAAGGGAAAAGUUUUGUGGUCAGAACACGAAGAACAAGAAUUGGUGAUUCUAUAUGAGAAGUACAGGGAUGUCCAGCACCCAGGUAAUUAACAAGCAUGAUGGUAGCCCUAACUGGAUAGAUGGGAAAAAAAUCUGUACAAAACCUAGUUACAAGCAUGAUGGUAGCACUAUUUGCAUAGAUGUGAACAAGCCUUCACAAAGCCUUCUAGGAGUAAAUAUUGCUCAUACAGUUGUGGGCGAGGGUGGAAUAUGAGCAGCUAGAUCAGAGGCUCUCAACCUUCCUAAUGCCGCGACCCCUUAAUACAGUUCCCAUUAUUGUGGCGACCCCCAAUCGCAAAAUUCUUUUCGUUGCUACGUCAUAACUGUAUGUGUUUUCUGAUGGUCAAAAGGGGUCGCAACCCACAGGUUGAGAACCGCUGAGUUAGAUUAAUUAAUUGCUUUGGGAUUAGGAAGACCUAAUUCUUUGGAAACUGUAUUUCAUUAGUAGAUUGGGCAGGCUAAAUAUUUUAGGGCUAUAUUUUAUUGGUAGAUUGGGCAGGCCAAAUUCUUUGGGAAUGUUCAUUGGUAGAUUGGGCAAACCAAAUUCUUUGGGGACAAUAUUUCAUAUGGAGAUUGGGCUGAUCAAAGUUUUAGAGGACUAAAUUUCAUAGGUAUUUCAUAUUAGCCAGACCAAAUUCUAUGGAGACUACCUUUUAUUGGUAGCUUGAACAAGCCUUAUUCUUAGGGGAUUAUAGUUUCUUCUCAGUGUUGUUCCAGCUGUAAUUAUGGGCUGACUUAACUUUUCUUGAUGCUUGAACAGAAAUGGACACAGCUGACCUCAUCCUCAAGGAAUUAACUUCAUCGCAUACGAGACUUCAAAUUCUUAAAGAGCUGAAACGACAGGGACUAAUUACGAGUGCUAAAGACUUAACAAAGAAAGUUUACAGGUGAAAUAGAUCUAUUUAAAUUAAAAAGAUUAAUGUUUGCAACUCACCCAUGACCGCAAUACAUAAUAAAUAAGUUACUUUAUUAAUCGUUUAUCAAAUUUUUUUAUUUUUUUUAAACUUGAAUAGUAUGACAAUGUGCGUUAAGUUUUUAAAAAUUAUUUCUUAAAAUAUUUUUUUUAUUAUAAUAAGAAAUGAAACAUUUUUUUUAAAUGUAAAGAUUGCACAUUGAAAAUAUAGGAACCUGGCAUUCAAUAACCCAUUUACAGCAUUUUAAUUUGUUUAUGUACAAAUAGCUCUCUGUUUUUUUUAAUGUGUUUUGAAAGCAUAAUGUAAGCUUUGAGCUUAAUGUUGAAAGCAUUCUCUUAGUGUUAAUAACAGUUAAUAAGGAUAUGGUACGCUCUAUUGAGAUGAAGAAUCUUCUUAUGACCUCGCCAAAGAGAACAUUAACAUGCAGUGUCUCGUUGUUAACAUGCCGUGUCUCGUUAACAGGCAGUGUCUCGUUAACAUGCCGUGUCUCGUUAACUUGCCGUGUCUCGUUAACAUGCCGUGUCUCGUUAACAUGCAGUGUCUUGUUAACAUGCAGUGUCUUGUUAACAUGCAGUGUCUCGUUAACAUGCAGUGUCUCGUUAACAUGCAGUUUCUCACCUAUUUAUGGCUUCCAUUUUCCCAUUUCUGUAUUUUGUUCCUUGCUUGUGAUCCAUUUUUUGGAUCUGUAUCAUUUAAGUGAAGUAGCUGAUCACAUUCAUCAUUCAGUGGCUCCUUCCCACACACACUAUCAUUCAGUGGUACCUUCCCACACUCACUAUCGGUCAAUGCCUCCUUCCCACACACUCAUUCAAUGCUUCCUUCCCACACACUAUCAUUCAAUGCUUCCUUCCCACACACUAUCAUUCAAUGCUUCCUUCCCACACACUAUCAUUCAAUGCUUCCUUCCCUCACACUAUCAUUCAAUGCUUCCUUCCCACACAACUAGCAUUCACACACUUUUUGAUAAUGGAGAAUAUUUUUAUUUAUCCACUGAGUUUAUACAGAUUUAUCCACUGAGUUUAUAUAGAUUUAUCCACUGAGUUUAUACAGAUUUAUCCACUGAGUUUAUACAGAUUUAUCCACAGAUGAAGAGGAUGUGAAGGAAAUUGCCUAAUUUUAAUCAUGAGCAUAGAAAAGGGAGGGGUGGGGGGUGACCUUGACAGCAAUUUUUUUGGUGUCGCUAUUUUCUGUCCACUUCAUUGUCAAUAGAUAUGGCUGAUGCUUGUGUAUUGCGUAAGUCUCGUAAAUGAGGGUCGGCAAUGUCAAGAACCUAUGGCUGAUAUUUGUGUAUUGCGUAUGUCUUGUGAAACAGGGUCGGCAACGUCAAGAACCACCAGCUAUAGAUAUACUCCGCUGAUUGUAAUAUAUGAUAUUAUUAUGAAUAAAUAGGUGAAAAUGUUUGUUCCAACCUUUUCAUUGUAUUACAACUUGAAGACUUUGUAAUUGGCCAACAAACUUCAAAAAUAACAAGAUUUAGUUGCUAAAGUAUUUAUUUGUAUUCAGAUUAGCACAAUUAAGCACCUUAAUUUUUAGAAGAAAAAAUAUUCAACAUGAUUCAAGGAGCAACUAUGAAAACAAUCUUUUUUUUUUUUAUUGUGUCUGUUUUAAAGGAAAAAUUGGACUGAAGAAGAAGUUGACUCUCUCCGAGCUCUGUUUCAAGAACACAAAGACUCGAAUUGUGAGUAAUCACCAGUCUUGUUCUCCCACUUAUUUUCCAGUGGCGAUUGUUUUGCUACUUUACUUGUUGACAUGAGGCUGGUUGUUUCCUUUUAACCUAUUUCUACAGAACUUUUGUCCUGUGGCUGUGGAAAAUUAUGUGACCUUUGCCCUCUGUUGAGCAUUACCAUUUUUAACCUAUUCCUGUUUUUAAUCUCAUCCUGUCUUUAACUUUACCGGUGUGUAAAAAAAAUAGUUUUUAAUUAGUCUUUAAGUAUGCACUAUACAAUAAACGUUCACUUAAGAUGGUAUAGCAAUGAGACCAAUAUAAUAUUAUUUAUAAACAAGUAAUCAUUUUUUCUUGGAAUUCAGCUAAUCCCAGAGAUUUAAAAUUUUGUUUCACAGUUUAGUCGAGUUAAACAUUUUAAUCUUUUAAAGUUUACCCUCUCCUCAGUUUACUUAUUCUGAAAUAAUUGCACUUAAAAUUGAUGUCCGAAACAAAGAGACCCACCGUUUCCUUUGAAAACUUCAACUACUAACUCUGGAUGCAUUUAACCCAAGAAAUUCAAUGACGAUACAUCGGCUAAAUUAGUAGUACAUCAGCUAAAUUAUUCGGCUGCCUCUGAUCAUGUCAAGAUUUUGUGUAUUCAAUCCCCGUAUUCGCACACCAGAAAUUUUAACAUCAUCUAUUUCGUAUUUGUUUCUCAAGUAAUAACAUAAUUAGUUUUUACUAAAUUUUUAUAAAUAAACAACCUCAUAGUGGAUUUGAUGUGUGCUGUUCACCUGUGAAAAUUUAAUCAGCUGCUUGCUCAUAUGCCUCGUGUUGAUGUUUUAUGCAACUCUCUGUUUAAUAAUUUCAUAUUAGAAAUAGGGGACAGAGGUGGGGGCUGAAUUAAAUUUUCAGUCACUCCAAAAAAAGUUUCGCCCUUGACAUUUUAAGAUCUGGUUGGAGGUCAUGAUUGAAUUUACUUGUUCAAACAAAAAUAUCUAAAUUACCAAGUAUAUCAGGGGUCUCAAACUCACGGCCAGUGCGUUUUCCUCAUUGUCAUAUCUAUAAUGUGACCCUCCAUGACAAUCACCGACUAGUCUAAUUCUGAUUUUAUUAUGUUUAUUAAGGUUUGGACGUUGAUUACAAUGGUAAAAACCAUUUUAAAAUCGAACUUAAAGUUUUUAUUUUAAAGCAUUUUAUGAGACAAACAUGGCGGCCAAAGUGCGGUUUUGAGAAAAGUUUAAAAAGUCAGUUAGUGGGUAAUGCACAAGCAUAAUUGUGUAAAUCCUUGCAAUCUGACACAGUAUCAAAGCAAAGAAUCUGUAUCAAAAUUGCCACUAGUGUUUAUGAGUGAGGGAAAUUCAGAGCCUGUCAGCUUGAUCACUUUCAAAAUAGUGUAAGUCAAAAAGGCCUUUUCUAUGAUAAAAAAAUCAAAAUUCAUUCUCCCUACAAUUGCGUCUUCCUUCACAUCAGUUGUAUUGCCUGCUCCUGCCUACUGUUUGAACACGUUGUAGUCUUUAAAGCCUUCAUAAUCUUCAUGGAGAAGGAUGGGGUAGUUGUUCCUGUACUAAGUGAUCCCAGAUGGCUCAUGGACUUGGCUUUUCUAGUUGACAUUACACAGGAGCUGAAUGUCCUCACCAAGAAGUUACAAGGCCAGGGGCAGCUUGUCAGUGUUGCCUAUGACAAUGUCAGGGCAUUCUGCACAAAACUUGUGUUAUGGAAAGCCCAGCUUUCUCAGAGAAACCUCUGCCUUUUCCCAAAAUGCAAAGUACCGGUACUCAUGGACUCUGGCACCAUUCAGUAGUAAGUAUACUGAUGCCGUUGCAAAGUUACAGAAAGAAUUUAAUCACAUGUUUGCAUACACACAGACACUUUUCAAAUUUUUGCUGACCCUUUCUCCUUCAAUGUGGAAGAUUUCCCCCCACCCCCCUCUUUUUUUUUUUUCCCCUUCAAAUUGAGCUGAUUGAUCUUCAGUGCAAUUCUGAUUUCAAGGCUAAGUUCAGGGAGGUGAAUGGAAAAACAGACAAGCAUGGACAAUUUAUGAGAGGAUUGCCCUCCACCUUCCCUGAGAUUUCCAGGUUGUUCAGGCGGACCAUAUGACUAUAUGGGAGAACUGUCUAUGUGAAAAGCUCUUUUCCACUAUGAACUUUAACAAGUCAAAAUUUCAGGGCCAACACAUACUAAUGAGCAUCUUCAAGCUAUACUGAAUGUCUCAGUUGCUUCCUCACUCAAGCCAAAUGUUGCUCAGCUGUGUAAGAAGAAGCGCUGCCAGGUUUCUGGCAACAAAGAGUGGGAGGAAGAAAGUAAAGCCUAGUUCUUGAGAACCCUUAAUGUUUUUAUUUAUUAUUAAUGAAGGUUCAGCAGAUUGUAACAGUUGCACUUUAUUGAAUUUGUCAUCACUUUUUUGUGGAAUACUUGAUGCGGCCCAGUCUACUCAGACUCUGCUGAGUAGAAUUUGAUACCCUCAGAUAAUUUGAGUUUGAGACCCCUGGAUAAUUUGAGUUUGAGACCCCUUAAUGUAUAUGUAUUAAAUCAAAUGGGCUUGUAAUGUUAUGUAUACUCUAUAUAACUCUCAGAUUUUGAAGAAAGAUUUUAAUUACAUGAUGAUCUAAUAUAAUUAUUGAACGGGAAAAAAAUCCCCUGCUUACUGUAUUGUUCUUUCACAGACCCAAUCUCAGAUAUCAUGAAGUCCAGCACAUUGGAUAAAUCCCGAAAGUCAGUCAUCGACAAAAUAUUAGAGCUGAACUUGGUGGAUGAUAAAAAUGAAUUGAUGAAGAAAAAAUCAGGCAGGAGGC